AUGGCUAGCCAUUUCGUCCACUCGCUUAUUUUGACUGCGGUCUUUGGCUCCCUCGUUGACGCUGGACCAUGUCGCCCCUCAUCUAGUUCCACUCUUGCUGUCACUGUUGCGACUACGACAAAGGAGUCCACCUCAGUCGAGUCACUGCCAACUCUCUCUACUUCGACUAUUGUUGAAUCCGUGACCACGGCCUCUGUCACCAGUCCCGAGACAACUAAAACCACGGGUUCUGCCACUAGUCUCGAGGCUACCACCACCACUACUUCAUGCUCUACGCAACCUUUUCCAUGGGAGAUCAGUUCUUCUGUGACUACUACGACCUCUGAGGAAGUAAUCCCUACCACCACCACUACCGAAGCCGCAACCACCACCGCUGCUGAAGAGACAUACGAUUGCGAAAACAACCUCAAGGUCCCUUCCCCAACCAAAGCACUUUGCGGCGCAGAUGGCUACCGCCUCUCAUACCCACCAGGCGCCAGGGUGUUGGACUACCCUCCUGUCGGAACAGUGUUUGAUUGCUACAAGUCCUGUAUGGAAACGUCCAACUGUGUUUCUUUCGCUUACAUGGAGAAUAAUUUCUGUGAGCUGUGGAAUCGCCCUGUUGGCCAGACGGAUGGUUCAGACGUCGGGAUCAAAUGGUAUGAUACAAGCUGCUUUUGCGAUACCGGUAUCGAGCCAGCUCCUACCUGCGAAGACACCAACCCCAUCAAAAACGGUGGUUGGGAUACUGGCAAGUUCUCGCCCUGGGAGUACUACCCCGAAGCCGAAGGUCGAGAGAUUGUCGAUUUCAAGAUUAAAGCUGGCGGAGCCGAUGGAACAGGCUUUAGAUUCCAGACUGGGAACUUCCACUUUGACAAGUCCAUGUGGUUGUACCAAGAUCUCAAGGCCUGCCCUGGCGCCCGCUUCCAAUGCUCGUUCAAGUGGCAGUGGGACAAGUACUAUGCAAUCGCUCAAAAAGAUGGUACCUCGUUGGUCCCAUAUGUCAGGAUAUAUCAGGACAAUGAUAGCUGGGCCAUCAUCAGUGAAUAUCCAAGAAGUGAAGCCGAUACCCAGCGAUGGAUUGAGUCAGAUAGCUUCUACUUCACUAUUCCCAAUGACGGCGAAACAAGGAUUUGGUAUGUUGCUAGUAGUCCUCAGGGUGAAUGGAUUAAUACCAGCACUGAGCCCUACAGUUCGAACUGGGUCCACAGAACCAACAAACUUGCAUUGGACUCGCUUGUCUGUCAACCUGCGUAA